AUGCAGCUGGGGAAUGAGACCCUGGUGUCCCAGUUUCUUCUGGGAGGGCUGACUGACACAGAGGAGCUGAGGCCCUUGCUCUUUGCGGUUUUUCUGCUGGUCUACAUAGUGGCUGUGGUUGGGAACCUGGGCAUUGUCAGCCUUAUUGUAAUGGACGCCCGACUUCACAGCCCCUUGUACUUCUUCUUCGCCGACCUUUCACUGCUGGGCACCGCCUAUAUCUCCAGCACAGCGCCCCGGCUGCUGGCACACCUGCAGGCACCAGUGCGGACCGUGCCCUAUCGUGCUUGUCUUACCCAGAUAUUCUCUCUCCACUUCCUGGCUCCCUGGGAGUGCUUCCUGCUCACAGCCAUGGCCCACGACCGCUAUGCCACCAUCUGCCGGCCACUGCACUACCUAGUCCUCAUGGGCCAACGGACCUGCGCAGGACUGGCUUCAAUCUCCUGCCUGCUUGCCUUGGCCAAUGCGCUCACCCACACCAUCCUUGCAGCUCUACUCAAGUUCUGUGGGCCUCGCCUUAUCACCCGCUUCUUCUGUGACCUCCCUCCUCUGAUCAAACUCUCUUGCUCAAGCACGUGGGCCCAUGAACUUGCCCUGUUCUUCUCCAGCUUUGUGGUGGCUCUUGCACCCUGUGCCCUGGUUGUGAUCUCUUACAUACACGUCGUGGCUGCUAUUCUCAGGAUUCGCUCCGCUGAGGGCCGAGGAAAAGCCUUCUCCACCUGUGGUGCUCACAUCACUAUGGUGUGCGUUUUCUACAUCACUUCAGUCCUCUGCUACAUCCUCCCCAGCUCGGCAUACUCUGGCUUGUGGGACCGGGUGCUCUCUGUGCUCUACGUGGUCCUCACUCCCAUGCUCAACCCCAUCAUCUACAGCAUGCGAAACAAGGAGGUGAAGAGGGCUUUGUUCCAGGCCCUUGGGAAAGAAAGUGCCUCCUAG